GAUAUUUUAAGAUAUUGUUUCCUGUUUUUGAUAGAAUUGCUCUAGAUCUUUUUAAACACAGCAUAAUAUAACUUAAUCAAUACCAAACUAAGUUCUUAUAACGGAAAUGACGUUUAAGGUUGAUGACAUGCGGCCAUAGCAGGUGCUUAGUUUCAUCUGCUGGUGUUUCCGUGGAACAGGUGGUGAACUAUAUACGUUUGGAAUAAACUUCAUAAAAGCUUUGGCUAAACAUUCGUGGGUUACGAAAUUUGGGAGUCAUAGAAGUUGCUGUUGAGAAGACUGUUUUGAAGGACACAAACUCAGGAUGGUGUUAAAAUGUUAAAAAAUUAAUUAAGUUUAAUAAUACAUCUUCUCUUCAAAUGGAGGUUUGAAAGCUCUAGUCGUUUUAUUGUGUUGGUGUAUGUUUGUUACUCUAAUGACUUUGGAAAAGUUAAAAUAAUGGGUAACUUCUGAAUGUGUAAAUAUUUGUGAAAAAUUGUGAUUUAUAAAGAUAUAGGUAUCAAUUGAGAAAAAAAUGCUACGUGGAAGAAUACGUUUACACACCUGCAAGAUUGUUUUAGCAACCUCUCUUGUAUGGUUUCUCUUGGGAGUGUGUCUGUUAAUGUACUACACUGAGUGUAUUGGUACAUCUUGUGAACGUGGCAACAAGUUACGAGGAAUAGUUUACAGUGGAAACCGUGUUCCAUUUGUCAAAUCACCAAAUUCACCAGCAGGAGAGUUCAGGAGUUGGGAACAUCCCGUUUUACAGAAGAAUCCAUCUAAUUGGCCUGGAGAGAAUGGAAAAGCAGUGAUCAUUCCUAAAGAGAAGGAGUCUUUAAAAAUGGAAAAAUUCAAGCUUAAUCAGUUCAAUUUACUGGCUAGUGAUCGAAUAUCUCUCAAUAGAUCUCUCCCUGAUUUUCGAAUGGAGGGGUGUAAAAAUAAGGUAUACCCCGAUAAACUGCCAACAACAAGCAUUGUAAUUGUAUUUCACAAUGAAGCCUGGUCCACCUUGUUACGUACUGUUCAAAGCAUCAUUCGUACAUCUCCAAGAGCACUGUUGGAAGAAAUUAUUCUAGUUGAUGAUGAGAGUGAACGUGAAUAUCUUGGAAAAAAGUUGGAAGAGUAUGUUUCCAAACUGGAAGUUCCUGUUAAAGUUCUUCGAACUGGUAGAAGGUCGGGGCUUAUAAGAGCACGACUUCAAGGGGCAUCUGAGACAAAAGGUCAAGUUAUCACAUUUUUAGAUGCCCAUUGUGAAUGUACUACAGGUUGGCUUGAGCCACUAUUAUCCAGAAUUGCUGAGGACAGGAGCAGAGUAGUAUGUCCAAUAAUUGAUGUUAUUAGUGAUGAAACAUUUGAGUACGUUUCAGCAUCGGACAUGACAUGGGGUGGCUUUAACUGGAAGCUCAACUUUCGUUGGUACCGAGUUCCCCAACGGGAAGUUGACCGCCGACAAGGUGACAGAACACAACCUCUCCGAACUCCAACAAUGGCUGGAGGACUGUUUUCUAUAGAUAGAGACUAUUUUGAAUACUUAGGAAAGUAUGACGAAGGAAUGUAUAUCUGGGGAGGUGAAAAUCUGGAACUUUCAUUUCGGAUAUGGAUGUGUGGAGGAACACUUGAAAUUGUCACAUGUUCUCAUGUUGGUCAUGUUUUUCGUAAAUCAACACCAUAUACUUUCCCUGGGGGUACAAGUAAAAUUGUCAAUCAUAACAAUGCCCGACUUGCUUCCGUUUGGCUGGAUGAGUGGAAGGAUUUUUAUUAUGCAAUCAAUCCAGGAGCUAAAAAAGCUGAAAUGGGAGAUGUCACUUCCAGGAAACAGCUCCGAGAAAAACUAAAAUGUAAAAGUUUUCGUUGGUACCUAGAAAAUAUCUAUCCUGAGUCUCAAAUGCCUCUUGAUUACUACUAUCUUGGAGAAAUAAAGAAUGUGGAAUCAGGAAAUUGUCUGGAUACAUUUGGUCGCAAGAGUGGUGAACAUGUAGCAAUGAGCAGUUGUCAUGGAUUGGGAGGAAACCAGGUUUUUGCCUACACAAAGCGACAGCAAAUAAUGUCUGAUGACAACUGUUUGGAUGCAGCUUCACCAAAAGGACCUGUUAAGCUUAUAAGAUGUCACGGAAUGGGAGGAAAUCAGAUGUGGAUGUAUGACAAUAAGGAACGAACAAUCCGGCAUGUGAACACAGGACGAUGUCUUACCAAACCUGAAGACAAAGAUGUUACUCUUCCUGUUUUGAAGGAGUGUGAUGAAACUAAUUCCCAGAAGUGGGCAAUGCAAGGAAAGUUUAAGUGGCAAGCUUCUUAAAAACUAAAAAAAAUCUACCUGUGUAACAAUUAUGCAAACUGACAUUCAGAGAAUGCCUGUGAGAAAACCAGUGUGGAGGUUCAUGAAUAAACAACAGCAAACUGUGUUAAUAUAAUAAUAAUAAUAAAACAACUUAGGUUAUCCUUGUGUAACAGCUUUCAACUUUUCAAGAUUUGUUUUAAUGAUUUAUCUCUUGUUUUCAAAAAAGCAUACCUUGUUUUUACAAUGACACCAUUGUUUCACAUUGAACUAUAUUUUCUUUCAAAAUGAUAUGUAUAAACUUUUCUUGCUGCUCAUCAAGAUUAAUAUUCCAGACUAUGUAAUUUGUUUCCACAGGCUGGAUAGAGUAAUCUCCUACAGGAACGUAAAAUGUUAAACACAUUCCACUGAAUUGUGGUUUGUCACUGGAAGAAACUUGCAUGACAAUCGUGACUUCAAAUUUUUUUGCUUAUAGUGUAUGUAUUAAGAUAAAAAUUUCAUUGCACUCUGUGACUGUUUUGUCACCCUUUAUGAAGUUUGUUGGAAGGUUGUUAGCUUGAAGUGAUUGUAUUGGCUAAACUAAGUAAUUGCUAAAGAAGGGGUUUGACUGUAUGUAUGAAGAGAAAGAUAUCCUGUAUAUGUGUUGUUUUUUUUGUUUUUACAAAUGCAUCUAUUCCAGUAUAUAUAUAAACUGUUUUUUGUUCAAUAUAUUUGUGUUUGUUACGUUAACUUUUUGUAAAGCUGUACUCUUAAUAAUGCUCUGAACAUACUAAAAGUGUUGCUUCAUUCAGCUGCCAAUAAAAUUAGCUGUUUGUAGCCCUUUUAAAACUGCUUAAUGAAGUAUUAGAAUAUAUUAACUGAUUGACCUCUAAAUUGAACUUUAAUUUUAAAGAGCAAUAAAAAGUCAAUCAAAUUUCUGUUUUCCCAGUUACAUUUGUUACUAAUAUUUUGAAGGUUAAAACAGUUAAUUAUAAUUAAGUACAUUUGGUUUGAGCAUAAGCUUAACAAAUGAAUUAGGUUAAUUUUAUAUAAAUAAAAUCAUUUUAAUGUUGCAUUCUAAAGAUGUGUAAACUCCAGAUAAAUCAUUAAAAUUUGUAUACAGAAAAGAAAUUACAUUCUUUAUAACUAUACUUGUUUGUUGAAUUUUCAGUAACUUCGAAGAUGAAAAGUACCAUGCUGUGGCAUUUAAUGCAACAUAGGUUGGGAGAUGGGGAUAUGAAGUACUUGCAAUUUAGAUUGCUAUGCUAGUUAGGCAUAUAGCUGACUUUAAAUGUGUGGGUCACUCAUUGUAGAUGCCCAUUUUACAUAUAGCCAAAAACUCUUGUCACUGACUUAGUGCAGUGGGGGACUGGGUAACUUAUCAAGUUAAGGUACUUAUUUUAGAAAGUGAGAGAAGUUAUGAAGCACUUAGAUGAGAAGUAAUGUUGAGUUAAACUAUCUGUUAUCUUUAAUAGCUGUGGUACUAGCUUGUUGUUAGUUGAUGGGCAUUCUGUACUUCAAAUAGAUGAGGGUCUCAGUACCAUUAUUGAUGGGUGUUAUUUAGCUUGCCUGGUAUUAUUUCAGUGCUCUUGGUUUGCAGAUAUUGUAUAUAAUAUAUAAGUUGAUGGAUUUUUUCAUUUGCUGAUUCUUUGUAGUCUUGAUAUACAUUAAUGCUCUUAUUUAAGAGGUGCUUUAUUAUUUGUAGUAACAAUAAAUCACCAAGUUAGCAUAACGCCUAUUUAAGUGCAGAUGGAUAUUUGUGUAAUGAAAAAUUCAUUAAUUUCACAGUGAUUUCUCAUGUAAUAAAGGAUUUUUGAUAUCUUAGAUUUAAUAUUUAGAAAGGUAACUUUACAAAAAUUCAUAGAAGAGUUGAAAUCUUAAAACCAGAAAAGGUAUGUAAUAACGUUUGUUCUUUGAACAUUAAGUAUUGUUUCAAACUUCUGAUAUCCAGGGCUGAUUGUAGCCCAAUGGUUAGUGUGCCAGACUGUGAAUCUGAGGUUCCAUGGUCCACAUUUCAUUAUUGCCAAAAACUAUUAUGCUCUGCACUUUGGGGCCAUAAGUGCAGCAUAAGAGUGAACGAUGAAUCCCACUAUUCAAUCUAACAAGAGUUGGUGGUAGCUGGUGUUGACUAGCUGCCAUUGCUCUAGUAUUUUACUUCAAAAUUAGGAAUGGCUAGCACAAGAUUCAACAAACAAUAAUGUUCAAAGAUAAAAUUUCAAGUCUGAAUGUUUACUGAAGGUGUAAUAAUAUCCACUUUAAUUUUUCAAUGAAAUUAUUUUUCAAUUUAUAACAGCUAAGAAGUAAGGUACACUUAGAAGUACUGUUUAUAAGGAAAAGAGGUUUUGGAUGACUACAAAAUGUAUGUAAUAUAGCUUUAGCAACACCUGUGCUUGAACUUUUAUGUUAUACGAGUUAUCAUUGAGCUCUAAGUUUGUAUGAACUGUUAAUUUUAUUAUCAUUUUAUGUUGGAUUAUGCAUAUGGUGCUACCCAGAGAAAUCUUCAGACCAGGACAAAUCUUUUGUUUCGACGCUCUCUUUGAAUGGUUGUGUUUUAUACAUGUGACACACUGAUGUAAUAAACCAAAGUUACCAGGCCUGUGACAAGUUAACUUUCGUGGGUGGUAUUGGAUGCAAACUUCACAUGUACAGUUAUAGUCCUCUGACUAGAAAUUAUACAGAAAGAAGUUUUGACUUUUUUUUUUUUAUCUUGAUACUUUCAUCAGAAAGCUUACUAUCUCAAUUGACUUUAAACCAGUAAUUUUCUUUAAGUUAAUUUGAAUAAAUUACCUUAGAGUUUAAAACAUCCAUUUGUUUUUUAAGUGUUAAGACUUAAUUUUAGCUGCAAGAUCUUCAUUUCAGUUUUAAUUAUAUUUUUAUUUAGGAAAAGACUUUUAAAGUAAAACCAUAUUGAUGUUCAAGUCUUAUUUUUUCAUUUGUGAACAACUAUACGCAACUGUACUUGAAGUGAGCUCAUUUAUCAGCAAAACACAACUAAACGCUGACGUGAAAUGAAACAUAAGGAUGUCUUCUCAGUGUAAUCUGUAGUUUGUUAUAAAUAGUAUUAGUGCCUUGUGUACUGUGUUAAUGGUGCAACGUAAUAUUUGUAAAUAUUCUGGUGUUUUUGUUACUGUAGCUUAGUACAUUUCAUUUCAGAGAGUCUACUGUUUGUGUGACAGUUGAAGUUAGUAUGUAUACUAGGAAUGAGAAUAUGAAAUUUAUAUACUCAAGAGUUAAUACAUAUACGUUUUCUUAAUAUUCCAGAGAAGAAAUGGGAGCAAAACUGUUUCUAUCUAGAAUUUAGUUUUUUUAAUAUCCUCUACUUCAUCAUUUGAAAUCAACCUGUUUCUACUUCUUGUUCUAUCCAACUUGAAAUAUUUAUAAAUUGUUGCAUUAUUAAAUGUAAGGUUGCAAAAUGUUUGAUGUAUAUGUUGUCCUGUAUAUAAAUACAAAACAAUAAUACCCAAGUUAAGUUUUAAACUCAGAAUAAGGCCAUUUCAAUACCUUAAAUAAGUUUUGCAACAGCAUGUAAACAUACCCUCCACUCCAUUGUUUGUACCUAUGUAUGGAUUCAGUCAUCUCUCUUUCUCCAUAUAUGAAUAGCUUACAAUAAGAUCAAAUUAUUCAACAGUCGAGAGACCACCUAUUGACAGUUUAUUGUAUCAUGGACUGUGAGCUUCUCAAAAAGCUUUUUAUGAAUAAAAGAUUGAUAAAAGGUC